AUGCUGCCUCUCAUACUGUCACACCAACAUGCUGCCUCUCAUACUGCCACAUGCUGCCUCAUACACUUCCACACCAACAUGCUGCCUCUCAUACUGCCACACCAACAUGCUGCCUCAUACACUUCCACACCAACAUGCUGCCUCUCAUACUGCCACACCAACAUGCUGCCUCUCAUACUGUCACAUGCUGCCUCAGACACUGUCACCCCAACAUGCUGCCUCUCAUACUGCCACACCAACAUGCUGCCUCAUACACUUCCACACCAACAUGCUGCCUCUCAUACUGUCACACCAACAUGCUGCCUCAUACACUGUCACACCAACAUGCUGCCUCAUACACUGUCACACAAACAUGCUGCCUCUCAUACUGCCACACCAACAUGCUGCCUCUCAUACUGCCACACCAACAUGCUGCCUCAUACACUGUCACACCAACACUGCCUCUCGCCCUUAUAA